AUGGCAGCAGACGACACACCUCAGAACGGCACUGCUACGGCGGCUGUCGCCCCGACCGGCAACGAGCAAUCCUCGUCAGGCCAUCGGGGGAACCGCGGCGGCCGCGGCAACGGUCAGAGGAAUCAGCGCGGCGGCGGCGGCCGGGGUGGCCGAGGCGGCCGGCGUGGCGGUUGGGAAGACAACAAGGGCAAAGAUGGCUGGAACCGCAAACGUCACCGCGACCGCGACGACCGACCCAACUUCCCGUCAUCCAAGCGGUCGAAAAACAAUGAGGACUCCAGCAGCUUCAUGAACAUCCAAUUCAGCGCCGAAGAGAUCGCGGCCGAGGAGCGCAAGCCCAAAAAGAAGGUUGCGGUCCUGAUCGGCUAUGCUGGCACCGGAUACAAGGGCAUGCAGAUAAACCACUUUGAAAAGACCAUCGAGGGAGAUCUGUUCCGUGCAUUCGUCGAUGCCGGAGCCAUCUCCAAGGCGAAUGCCAGCGACCCCAAAAAGGUCAGCUUGAUGAGGUGUGCUAGGACAGACAAGGGUGUGCAUGCGGCCAGCAACGUAAUCUCUCUGAAGCUCAUUGUUCCUCUGGAGGAAAAGGAGCUUGCCGGUAAUGGGAACGCUGAGAAGCCUGCCGAUACCGCCGAGGGCAAAACUGCUGGAGAGGCUGAGGCGACGUCCGAGGUGGCACCCGAGGCUGCACCUGAAGCUGCACCUGAGGACGCUACUGAGAAGGUGGAGAGCGGCGAGUCAGCCACCGAGAAGAAGCCAUCGGAAGAGCCCUCGGAGGGCAACGCGGCCGUUGUCGCUGCUGAAGAGUCCGCCGUCGAGUCGAAAUCCGACCAAAAGACCUCCGAAGAACCCACCGAAACCAUGGCAGAUCUUGUCGCCAGGAUAAACUCUCAUCUCCCGGACCAAAUCCGCGUCUGGGAUAUCCUCCGUACCAACAACAGCUUCAGCUGCUACCAAGCCUGCGAUUCGCGUUGGUACGAGUAUCUGAUGCCCACUCACGCACUCCUCCCUCCUCAUCCCGAUAGUUAUCUCGGUAAGAAGGUCAUCUCUGCCGUGAACGAAAAGGGCGAAUAUGACGAUUGGAAGCUCAAUUUCACGGACCUGGACAACUUUUGGGAAAAUGUCGAGGAGAAGGAAAUCAAGCCACUGCUGGAGAAAUUAGACCCCGAGGUGCGCAAGGAGGUCAAAUCCAGGAUGCACAUGGUGGAGGAGGGCGAUUACAAGAAGCCGUCCACACUAGGCACGGAGGAGGUAUCUAAGCCGACUCCGACGGAGACUCAGGCAGAAUCUUCCGCAGAGGCAUCACCGGAGAAGACGGACGUGACCGCUGCAGACGUCGCCAUGGCCGACGCAGAGGCGCCAGCCCCGGCGGCAACCGAGAGUAACGACAAGCCCAAAGAGGAGGAGCACGUCUACACACCGGCGGAGCUGGCGAUCCGCGAGAUCAAGGCCACGUACGUGGCGGCCAAGCGGCGCUACCGCGUGUCCCAGGAGCGCAUCGGCAAGCUGCAGGCGGCGCUGGACAAGUAUGUCGGCACGCACAACUUCCACAACUACACCAUCCUGAAGAAGUUCACCGACUCGUCGGCCAAGCGGCACAUCAAGUCGUUCAAGGUCAACCCGGAACCCAUCCAGAUCGGCGAGACCGAGUGGGUGUCGCUCAAGGUGCACGGCCAGAGCUUCAUGAUGCAUCAGAUCCGCAAGAUGGUCGCCAUGGCGGUCCUGACGGUCCGGUGCGGCGCGCCCCUCGACCGCAUCACGCAGUCCUACGAGGCAAAGCGCAUCAGCAUCCCCAAGGCGCCGGGACUCGGCCUGCUGCUCGAGAGGCCCGUGUUUGAGAACUACAGCUACCGCGCCGUGCAGACGCUCGGCAAAGAGCCGUUGAACUUUGACAAGUACGAAGACGAGAUUGAGGCCUUUAAACGUGCGCACAUCUACCAGCGCAUGUGGGACGUGGAGGAGCAGGAAAACAUCUUCCACACCUUCUUCAACCAGAUCGACAACUUCCAUACCGAUCAUUUCCUGUGGGUCACAGCACACGGUUUCGAUGCUGCAUACGAGCGCAAGGAGAGGGAGAGAAUACAACUGCCCAAAGGACUGGAGGCUGGCCUGGGCGAUGAUGACGAGAACCCCGAGGACGGCGACGGUUGA